UAUAUCCAUUCCACACUCUCGUGGUGGGCUAUUGCUAUCGAAAUACGAAUAGGGAGGGUGAGGCUGGCCUAGGGAAGAUUUAUUUCGCCGGUACUUGGUCGACUGAAGGGCUUUGGCUGAGAAAAUAUCCUUUUCUUUGAAAAGGGGUUAUCGCUUUAUCGUAUAAACGGAAUUACCAGCUACCAGGCUUUUAAAACCCGCGAGCAGUGCAGGAUACACUUAGGAAAAGAGAAAGAGAAUGACGAUCUGUUGACACUGAUUGGGAGAAAGUAUUUUCUGAUUUCAUCCACGCUACUUCGAAGGCAGUCUACUUGGAACUUGGGCAAAGAGAGCCGGAGUCGUCUUAUUUAUCCGGAUCCCAAGGCGAACAUCCGCAUAAACAUUUGCCGCCAAUAAUACGCAGGAAACGGUCUAAACUACGAAAGAUAUCUUAAUCGCCUCUGAGAUCUCAACUGAUAGCACGGACCAAGUUUAAAUAUAUACUUAUAUAUUUAACCUGUCAUCGGAAUUUCCGUGUGACGGCUUGGUCGCUCUUGCUUUUCGCAGACAAAGUUCUCCACUUAAUAAAAACACAACGGUUUACCUGACAUUUAGGUUGCUGGCAGUAUGGAUGUCACGUCGUUGUUAAAUUCAACCUCGUUGGGGAAAGGGGGAGGACAUGGAAUGAUGAGUAGAGAAGUACGGAGUAUGGGCAGUGUGGGAAGUAUGGGAAGCACGAUUGGGGGGAUGGUGGAUCAUGCAGUUGGCUCCACCUCAACUUGCUCAACGACGGAAGGAACGACAACAUAUUCUUCAACAUCAGAAAUUUCAUCCAAUGAGAAGACACCAUCUAGGAGAACGAGCGAUACAAAGGUACCGAGUCGAAGUAGGACGCCGUGGGACGCUAACGGAUAUGCUCUUCCACUCACACUCGAUACUAAAUCAACUCAGGCGUCAGGUCGACAAGUUUCUAACAGCACUUCACCCGCUGAAUCUGCCAGUCCCAAAUCACCAAGACACAAAUUCUCUGAUAGUCACAGCAGCUUAUCUUCUUACGCUUCUUCAUCCACUUCUUUAUCACACUCUAGGAUCUCUUCUAUGUCUACGGUUGGAGGAAUCCAAUCUAUCAACACCAUCCCUGACACCCCUUCUCUUGAGACCCAAUUUGAAUGCGUUGAGCUCACAAUUCCAAAGAUUUGGUCAACGGAGUCACAUAGAAGGAUAACAAAAGAAGGAAUAAUAUCUCCACCCGUGACCACAAUCAAUGGAGAGCCCUUAGUCACAGAUCUUCUAAGGACCAGUUCACCAUCUGAUGCUAUGCUAAUGUCGAGGGGUACCCAAAGUUUGGAUCAGAUUAAGCGACCAAACCCGAUCAUUGCUAAAGAUAUCAGACCUGACCUCAGUCAUCUCGUUCCUGUUGACUUUGCCAAAGCACACAAGAGAGCCAUUUCAGCACCUGAUUUCGCUGCUACAGACACCAUCAACCGGGGUUUCCCUUCUCUUCCUAGCACAAUCCAACCCACUUCGUCCCCCUCACAUCGAGUUGAGCAUCGGCUAGGCUACGCCAUGCCCUCAAUAUCCCCGUCUCCAGCUCUGGCUGAACAGCCUUCUCAGGGCGGCAUUGUUGUCUGCAUGUACAAGCCAAACUGCGACACAGGCUCUCAACUACGCAAAGCCAUCUCGCACAUAUUCGGCCGCAAUAAGACAUGCACUCGAAACAUACCGUCGCAUGUUUGGGUUCACUUCUGUCGGAAGCACUAUCAGCGUAGCCGCUACCGUAAUGCACAGGAGUGGGCUAGGGUUCAAUGUGACCUAGUCCAGAAGCAGAUUCGCCGUGUCCAAGACUGGAGUGACGAGAACAAGCGGACUGGACAACCUGGGAUUGUCCAGGAAUGGUCCUUGUCAAUGAGGAAGCGAGAGCAAAAUCGCGUACAGGAGAAAUCCAAUAGGAAGAGAUCUUACCGCGAUGACAGUGAGGAUGAUGAUGACGUUGGUGCACUAGACAGCGCUACACUGAACGGCACUGCUGUUCCUGAUUGGUUGCGAACCAAAUGUGGUGAUGGGUACAGUACGGCUGAGAUCGAGGAAAUUGUUACUCGCCUCAAGCAAGAAAUGGAGGAAACCAACAUGACUCAGAUCCCUGACAUAGAGAUCCUCCCAAAUAUCUCCAUGGAUGCAUCGAAUGAUGCACGGCCAAAGACUAUGUUAAAACGAAAGACCAGCGGCGGUAGUCAUACCCAUAAGCGAUCGCAGUCAGUCGGCGUUUCUCUUCGGCCUGAGGCACAACCUAUGACUCGUCGAGUGAGCCAGCCGUCGUUCUGGGGAAACGAAGAUGCCAUGCAUCCAGCUCCAGUCGAGAAACGCCAGCGGGUAUCUGAUGCCCCUCCAUACGGCGAUCGCCAUGCGCGUAUGAAUCUUCGACAUCCUGAACGACCCGCCUUGGCGCCGUUACGAGAUACCUACUCCAUUCCCCACCGCCCUGCUUUCAACAACAUCCAGGAAAGUCACGCUGAGGACUCGUACUAUGGCCGAGAAGAUACCGAUAUUAACAAUUCUGGUUAUGAUCACUGGUCUGGGUCAGCUUCUCAACGAAACGGAGGCCAACCAGUAAUUCCAGCUCUAGACUCCAGUACUUCUCGUGAAUACCUCAAUGGUCGACGUGCCUCUCACCAACGCUCUUUUUCGGAGGUUGAUAAUCAGCACAAUUUCACUUUCCGUUCACCUUUAGAUUAUCCUUCCGCACAACCGACCCAGUUUUCGGAGGCUGCGACCUACGAUAGAGCGCCCAUGUCUCUAAGACAUUCUCAUGUCUCGCAUAGCUCGCAUCCCCCGUCCAGCUAUUACGAUAGCUCCUCCGGUUCAAGCCAGCGAAACGCCGGUCCCUAUCAGCCCUCCUGGCAGUCUCCAUCAUCAGGACAUGCUUCCUCCUACUCUAGCUACAGACAUAUGCGCCAUCAGAGCACCCCAACCGCUCCUCAUUCAAGUAUUCCUCAGGUUCCUACUGUUGGAUACGAGCAUGCCAAUGGUGCCCGUCAAGCGUCUGCGUAUGAGCAGACACCUCCUUAUCACCGGCGCCAACAGUCCUACGCCCCAUCCCGUCAAUAUACCCACCGGCCCUUAGUGCAGGAGUCCGACCAGGCCAAAGCUGUCUUCAGCGAGCGUCGCUAGGCCCACGACUGGGGCAGAUAUCCUCACCCAACAUUAAUUGGGUGGCCUCAAUCCUGAGGCAACAUGUUCUGUUCAUACAUUUCUCAACCUUCUACUUUUCUAGUUCUUCCCUUUUACUCAUUCGGAUAUAAUUCUUCCACCCCACCAAAACUUGUAUUAAAAUGUCAUAUAGAAUGAACGGCCUAAAAGUCUUAGACAGGAUACCCCUCUUUCGACCAUAUCGCGAAUCACGGCUGGAGUCAUGGGAUCAGAUUACGGGGGAAAUAUGCGAAUCAUACUGAGAAAAGAUAUACCGAAGAUAAGGAACCUUUUCGCUCAGGGUUGUUAAUGUCUUCGGGUUUGUUUGUGUCGAUUUCGAUUGUGUUAUGAGGGAACGGGCGGCGCAUAGGUGUCUAUGGUAAAGGCAUCACGACGGCUACCUUACGACUAGGUAUGGCGUUGAGGAUUUAGUGUUUUCGUUAGGCGUCUGCGGCCUCGACUGGGCGGAUCAUAGUCCGCUCGGAUAUGGCUACGGAAGAAAAAAAAAUUCAAAAGGAGAAAAAGAUCUGACAUAGUGGAGGCGGCAGUGGCAAAUGGUUAAGUUCGCCGAAUAUGGUUGACGCCGCAUAAUCUAGAUGAUCAACGGGCAUCUGCGAUGAAUUAAUUAGUCUCUUACUUAUUGAGAUUCUAUAAAGGACAGUGGGCUUAGAUAGCUCCCUUCCCAACUAUGAAUACGAUGGC